ACAUGCAACCCGAACUGAUCGACACCACGAUUUUUGUGACACGUGCUCCGAGGUUUGUUCGUUUGGAACUGUAGCGAAGUGUGAGGUUAAAUUUCUUCAAAUUUUCAAACAUCAGAAUGUAUCGUCUUCCUAAUGUUUUACGCACUGCUGGCCUUUGCAAAAGAGUCUUGAAUCCACAGUUAGCUGCAUCUUUAAGUACAUCAAACAGCUGUAAUGCUAAAGAAUUAAAGCUUGGUAGAGAUGGAAGAUCUGCUAUGUUAAAGGGUGUUGAAAUCUUAGCUGAAGCAGUUGCUGCUACACUUGGCCCAAAGGGUCGUAAUGUGAUCAUUGAACAAUCAUUUGGUGGGCCAAAAAUAACCAAAGAUGGUGUGACAGUAGCAAAAGCUGUUGAUUUAGCAGAUAAGUUUCAAAACCUUGGUGCUCGAUUAGUUCAAGAUGUAGCAAACAAUACAAAUGAAGAAGCCGGUGAUGGCACAACAACUGCAACAAUUUUAGCUCGACAAAUAGCUAAGGAAGGUUUUGAGAAAGUUUCUAGGGGUGCAAACCCGCAAGAAGUUCGACGAGGAGUGAUUUUGGCAGUUGAGCAUGUUGUCAAUCAACUAAAGGAAAUGUCCAAACAAGUUACAACUCCUGAAGAGAUAGCUCAAGUUGCAACAAUAUCUGCUAAUGGUGAUAAGACUGUUGGUGAUCUUAUUUCUUCAGCUAUGAAAAAAGUUGGUAAAAAUGGAGUAAUUACCGUAAAGGAUGGAAAAACUCUGCAAGAUGAAUUAGAAUUAAUCGAAGGUCUAAAAUUUGAUCGUGGUUUCAUUUCUCCUUACUUUAUAAAUACGACAAAAGGACAAAAGGUUGAGUAUCAAGAUGCUUUGCUGCUCUUGUGUCAAAAAAAGAUUUCGACCAUUCAGCAAAUUGUUCCAGCGCUUGAGUUAGCAAACACCUCACGGAAGCCUCUUGUUAUAAUUGCCGAAGAUAUCGAAGGGGAAGCGUUGAGCACAUUAGUCAUUAACAGGUUAAAGAUUGGACUGCAAGUUGCAGCCGUAAAAGCUCCUGGAUUUGGCGAUAACAGAAAGAACAUGUUGCAAGAUAUGGCAAUUGCAACUGGAGGAAUGGUUUUUGGUGACGAUGCCUUGGAUACAAAAAUUGAAGACAUUAAACUUCAAGAUCUUGGUGAAGUUGGUGAGAUUUCUAUCAACAAAGAUGACACUCUUCUUUUAAAAGGCAAAGGCAGCCAAGAAGAUAUUGAUGCUAGAUGUCGACAAAUAAGAGAUGAAAUAGAGGAAACGAGUUCUGAAUAUGAGAAGGAAAAGUUAAAUGAACGUUUAGCGAAGCUGUCAGAUGGCGUUGCUAUUUUGAAGGUUGGUGGUUCGAGUGAAGUUGAAGUGAACGAGAAAAAAGAUCGAGUGACGGACGCACUGAACGCCACACGUGCUGCUGUUGAAGAGGGUAUUGUGCCCGGUGGUGGAGUUGCUUUGUUAAGAUGUAUUAAACAAUUGGAUGGUUUAGACGCAAAGAAUGAGGAUCAAAAAAUUGGUAUAGAAAUUGUGCGACGAGCAAUGCGUAUUCCCUGUCAAACUAUUGCUGAAAAUGCUGGUGUCGAAUCCACUUUAGUUGUGGAAAAGGUACUUACUAUGGAUCAUAGUAUGGGUUACGAUGCAGCCAACGACGAAUAUGUUGAUAUGAUGCAAACUGGUAUUAUUGAUCCAACGAAAGUAGUUCGUACCGCCAUUACAGAUGCUGCUGGUGUUGCUUCAUUGCUUACAACGGCUGAAGUUACAAUUGUCGAAGCACCGAAAGAAGAAAAAGAUAUGCCAAUGCCUGGAGGAAUGGGAGGCAUGGGUGGUAUGGGAGGUAUGGGUGGUAUGAUGUAACUGGAGAAGAAUAUAUUGAGAAAUAUGCUGAUGUGCUUUGAUUAUCAUGCUAGUUCGAAAUAAGUUUUCGAGCUGAACCAAAUCUGCUUUGUUCGGAUUUUCAGAAAUAUUUCAACUCUUCGAAUAACUGAAAGAAACGAUACUGGUUUCUUAAUUAAAUUAUAAUUUUGAUAAUUUAGUGCUCACUUAGUCAUUUGUUAAAAAUCAGCUGUUGCUUGCACAUAUUGCUAAUAUUUGCCCUUUUUUAAGGUGCUACAGGAAAUUGCUUUGCGUAAAAUACACCUGGCAACGUGAUUGUUUAUUGAACGUAAUAGAGGUCAAUGCUCAAAUA